AUGACUAGUACCGCGGGAGAGUCGACAGGACCCGUUGUUUCGGAUGAGAACUUACCUAUCGGUUUGAGGAACCUCGAAGUUGAGCACUUUGUGUCUCCUAGUGCACAAUCCAAACAAGGUCCACUUAGUGCAUCUGGACACGAAAACGUUAAGCUCAGUAUAUCUCCGGGAACAAAAGCCAGUGUCAGUAAGCGCGACGCCAAGUUACGAAAGCUACAAGAAAUGCAACAGCAGAGGGAGACCACCAAAGCCAGAAAGUCCGGUCUUCCCUUGGUCCCUCCCAAGAUCGAUCUAGCUGGUACUGAGCGGUCAUUUCUAGAGUCGAGUUUCAGGGAAUGUGCGAAAUUUCCUAGCAGUCAGUUUUCUUACCUUGCGCCGGAGCCGAAAUUUUCUGACAUUUCAUCAAUACAACUUGGCGAUGGUCCUGUUUCCACGAAAACGCCGUACAAACGAUCAAAAAAUGUUGUGUGCUCUACACCGUUGCAUUACAACUCUCCUGCAAUGGGAGUUCCUGCUGCCAUCCUGAAGUCUGUUGAUAGUGAUGUUUCCAUUUCAAGGGCAGGUUUCCAACCUGCAACAGCCGUCAGUAGUAUGGUCAAAGAGAUGGUGCUUGCCUGUGACGAAGACUACUUCAUGUCUCGAGACGAGCGCGCGGAGAGGCAAAUGGAAGCCAUGUCUGUGUGGUGUAAUAUGAUCCUUCGGUCCCAAUACGAAGACGACGAGUUUGAUAUAGGCAAUACUAAACAAGAAGCAAGUAAAGUCCUACAGGAUCUCCUAGUCAAAUCGAAGGCGCGGAAGCCUAGUUCUGCCAUGGUCGACAAACCUUUUAAGUAUUCUGAUUUUCUGAAAAAGCAGAAGAGAGACAAUACUCGUGAGAAGUAA